AUGGCAGGCGCGGCAUCAGCAUUGUUCUUGUUAGAUGUGAAGGGACGAGUUCUAAUAUGGCGCGAUUUUCGUGGUGAUGUUACUUCUCUUGAGGCCGAACGCUUCUUCACCACCCUUGUCCAAAAACAGGAUGAUGUGAUCUCUCAAGGGCCAGUGGUACAUGAGAAAGGGGUAACAUACAUGUUUGUGCAGCACAAAAAUCUUUAUCUGAUGGCAGCCUCUCGUCAGAAUUGCAAUGCUGCUAGUCUUCUUCUUUUCCUCCAUCGCGUAGUUCAGGUAUUCAAUCAUUAUUUCGAAGAAUUUGAAGAGGAAUCGCUGAGGGACAACUUUGUUGUUGUGUAUGAGCUUCUUGAUGAAAUGAUGGACUUCGGUUACCCUCAGUACACUGAAGCCUUAAUCCUCAGUGAGUUUAUCAAAACGAAUGCUUAUAAGAUGGAAGUUGUGCAGCGGCCACCAAUGGCUGUGACAAAUGCAGUUUCUUGGCGCAGUGAAGGGAUUAAAUACAAGAGAAAUGAGGUUUUCUUGGAUGUGGUAGAAAGUGUAAACAUACUAGUUAAUAGAAAUGGUCAGCUAAUCCGUUCAGAAGUUAUUGGGGCAUUGAAGAUGAGAGCAUACUUGAGUGGGAUGCCUGAAUGUAAACUUGGCCUAAACGAUAGACUUCUGUUGGAGGCUCAAGGUCAAACGACAAAGGGAAAGGCAAUUGAUAUGGAGGACAUAAAAUUUCAUCAGUGUGUGCGUUUGGCACGAUUUGAGAAUGACAGAACAAUAUCCUUCAUACCUCCUGAUGGGGCCUUCGACUUGAUGACAUACCGACUGAGCACUCAGGUGAAACCACUUAUUUGGAUUGAAGCUCAAGUGGAAAGAUAUUCAAAAAGUCGUGUUGAGAUCAUGAUCAAAGCGAAGAGUCAGUUCAAGGACCGAAGUUACGCAAACAAUGUUGAGAUUGAUCUGCCUAUUCCACCUGAUGCUACAAAUCCAAAAAUCCGGACUUCAAUGGGAACUGCAACAUAUAAACCUGAGAAUGAUGCAAUUCAAUGGAAAAUCAGAUCUUUUCCUGGAAAUAAGGAGUAUCUCUUGAGGGCAGAAUUCACACUUCCUAGUAUAAGUUCUGAUGAUGGACUUCCUGAGAGAAAAGCACCCGUACGUGUCAAGUUUGAGAUACCUUAUUUUACCAUCUCAGGAAUCCAGGUGAGGUAUCUAAAGGUUAUCGAAAAAAGUGGAUACCAGAGUCUGCCAUGGGUAAGAUACAUAACAGCAGCAGGCGAAUAUGAGAUACGUUUGUUCUGAAAGCUAUUUCCAGCAUGUGAAUAGAAGCUAGGCUAUCCAUUAACAG